AUGACUGUUGCAGCUAUGGCGUACAGGGAAAAUAGUGCAAAGGGAGAGUAUCAAUUUAACUGGUUUAAAGAUCUUAGAUUGCAUCCCCGUGAGAAUUUUUUCUGGUGGAGAAUUCUUAAGAAUGCUAUUCCAACAGCUUGCUGGCUAUUUCAUAGAAAAUUAUCGGAAACUACAAUGUGCCCGUGGGGAUGUAAUGAGGAGGAGACAUUGGAUCAUUGUACGACGCAAUGUAGUAAGGUGAAGCAGGUAUUGGAAAUCCUUCGGAGAUGGGGUUUUGGAAUGCCAUUUGUGAACUCUCUUCAGGAGCUAUUGAUUGAAUUAUUUAAUUGUAGAAAGAGGAAUUCUGGAAUGGGAAGAAUUUUCUGCUACACAGUUUAUCAGGUGUGGAGAGCCCGGAAUGACAUGAAGCAUCACCGGAUGUGCAGAUCCCCGUCAGUUGUUGCUGCUGCAGUGCUGUCACUACUACCGAAACCUUUUAAAUGGCCAAUAUUGGAGCAAUGGACUUUAUUGCCUUCUAAUCAAGCGGGCCUUGGUAUUAUUGCCCGUGAUCACCAUGGAAAGUUUUUAAUUGCUGCUGGGAGAUGUAUUGAGCACUGGGAUGUGUUACAAGCUGAGAUUCUGGCUGCGUGCUUGAUCUGUGAAGUAAUUUGGGACUGGAUGCGUGAUGUGAUGGGAUCAUUAUUGAAGUGGAUUGCGUGA